CUCUCUCUCUCGUAAUAUCUCGAGGGGAGGGACCGAGGGAGGAAGAAUCUGCCGUUUGAUGCGAUUCGUUUCCUUCGAAGGAAAAGAGAGCAAGAGCGCUCCCCUCUUUCACCGGCGCACGAUAGCUUUGCUUCGGCUCCCCUAAGGAGACCUAGAUCCAAUCCCGAAGGAAGGAGAAUGUCCAAGGCCUGGGGUGUCGGCGCCUGGGCGCUCGAAUCUGAGCGCGCGGAGGCGGAGGAGAGCGAGCGGGCGGCGGCCGAGGCGACCUCUUCCUCCCCCGCCAUGGCUGCAGCAACUGUCCUCGCCGGCGAGCCUGCCCAGAGCUUCCCCAGCCUCAAGGAGGCCGCAGCCACCAAGCCCAAGAAGAAGAAGCCCGUUGCCGUCCCCCUCGGUCAGUUCGCCACCACCUAUGGCGGCGGCGGCGGCGGCGGCCGCCGCGGCGAAUCUCUGUUCGAGCCCCGGGGACUCACCCCUGACGAGAUGCUCCGCCUCCCCACGGGCCCCCGGGAGCGCUCCCAGGAGGAGCUUGAGUACGGCCGCCUCGGUGGUGGGUUCCGGAACUACGGCGGCGGCCUCGGCGGCGGCGCCCGUGGGGGGUUCCCCGGCCGCAGGUCCGACGAUGGUGAUGGUUCUUGGGGCGGCGCUGGCGGCGGCAGGAGGUCUUACGGUGGUUUUGAUGAGGAGCCGCGAAGGGGACCCCCAGCUAGGGUUUCCGAUUUGGAGCAGCCGUCAAGGGCGGACGAGGUCGAUAACUGGGCUGCUGGGAAGAAAUCCUUUGCCCCUGCACCGAUGGAUUCUGGGCGCUCCGAUCGAUAUAGCUCGCUUGGUGGCGGAGGCUCAUCUAGGGCUGACGAAGUGGAUAACUGGGCUGCUGGCAAGAAGCCUCUCCCUUCCAGGUACCCCAGCUUCGGAACGGGCUUCAGGGAUUCCCGUUCUCCAACCGAUUCGGAUCGGUGGGGAAGGGCAGAUGGAGGACCCCAGUCAAACAAUGGGGAGAGGCCAAAAAUCAUCUUGGAUCCACCGAAGGGAAAUGUGGGAGCACCGAGCGAGCCUGUGAGAACUCGUCCCAGCCCGUUUGGUGCUGCCCGGCCAAGGGAGGAGAUUUUGGCAGAAAAAGGAGUAGAUUGGAGGAAGAUAGAUUCUGACGACUCCAAGAAGACAAGCAGGCCGACUAGUUCACACUCUAGCAGGCCUUCUAGUGCACAAUCAAGCAGGCCUGGGAGCCCAGGUUCGCAGGCAGCAGUAGAUGGAGCCCCCAAACCUCGGCCAAAGGUGAACCCUUUUGGUGAUGCCAAGCCCCGAGAGGUUCUGUUGCAGGAACGUGGCAAAGAUUGGAGGAAGAUUGAUAUGGAGCUGGAGCAUCGCAGCGUUGACAGACCUGAGACAGAUGAAGAGAAGAUGCUGAAAGAAGAGAUCAGUCAUCUGAAGGCGCUGACUAAAGAAACUGAGGAAAAUCAGAAUGGCAAGUCUGCGCAGUUAUCUGUUGAAGAGUUAGCUGGUCUACAUGAACAGAUACUUAACAAAGAGAGGGACCUGGAGCUGCUUAUACGUCAGCUGGAUGACAAGGUUAGGUUUGGUCAAAGAGCCACCGGCAUCAUUAGGCCUAGCUCUGGAGCAGGCAGGAGCGAUACAUCCUCUACUAGGCCACCAUCUCAGUCUGGUUUAUCUGAGGAUUCAAGAAGCAUCGACUUUGUGGAUAGACCUCGAUCUCGUGGUGGCAUGGGAGACAUCUGGUCCAGGCCUGUUGAUGAUAGAAGAGGAUAUCAGGGAGGCAGGGAAAGAAGCUUUUUUGACAACAGAAAUAUGGACAGGUCAAAGUCUAGGGAGAGAUGGUGAAUGCUGCUGGUGUGAAUCCAUUGAGUUUGUUCUUUUAACACCAAAAAACAUAAUAAUAACUUGUUUCCUUUUUCCCUUAAGGCAUGUUCAUUUUUGUUGCACCGGAAAAAAGUGGCGAUAAAUCAUGGAAAAUGAUGAUAACAUUUUCGUCACAUUAUUUAUUGCUGCCUUGAUGCGGUGUAAGAUUUAAUUUUUCCAUGUCAAGGCAAGUAGGCAGGUUAUGUUUUCAGCUGGAACCUAAAUUUACCCUGGUACUCUAAAACUAUGUUUUAAUUUACUAGAAUAUUUUCUGUCGA